AUGGGAAAUAGCCCGUCCAAAGAUGAACCCCUACCGAAGUCGUCAUCCUCAUCAAAUUCAAACAAUGGAGGCAGCUCCAACUCAGGUACAAGUGGAGGUACCGACUUAGAUCCUGAUGAGAUGGCCCUGGCGCUAUCUCAACUAAACAUUAGAAAACAGAAACAAAACCAACAACAGAAAGCUUCUAUAGCAAAGAGUGUACAUGCGACAUCUCCAGCCAUUGAAAUUAAGAGCAAGGGGAAGAGGCGUCGCGGCAGCCAGUAUUUGAAUGUUCCUGAUUCUCGACAAAAAGGAGCCAUGGCACAUUCUCCUAAUAGGUCCACUGGACUCAAAUCACAAGGCAAGACACCUGCAUUAGAGGAUUACCCUCGAGAACAAGAUUUUGAUUUGGAGAUUGGACUUUCGAUGGCUAAACUUUUAAAGAACCAGCACGAUGUAGCGUCAUCGGUGGAAUCGCUGGAUGUUUCUGUUGCUUCGCCAGUAUUUACAACGUCUGGUACCGAUAUGAAGGAAGACGAACUGCUCCUGUCUUCAGGCUCGAGCCCUGGAACUUCUAUCGCAGCAAAGAGUUUGGCAAACAUUGAAGGGUCCCCCUUGGUGUCAAAGUUGGAUUCAAUAGCUGAAAGCAGAUCGUUGGAGUCAUCUCCCGAGCCACGACAACUUUCACAGGAAAAUUUGAAAAAGUUUGACAAGGUUACAUCGAUUGCCUCUCUGAAACACCAAUCAAGCACCUCAACAUCCUUAUCAAGCUCACCACCAUUAAUUCCAAGCAACAAGAAGUUGUCCAUUGAUAUUGAUAGUGUCAUUGAACGGUUGUUGUCAACCAAGAAACGCUCGUCCUCACGCAAGUCAAAAGAUGCGUUGCACGUUGAUGCUGAGGAGAUUAGGUACAUUUUGGGUAAAAGUAGACAAAUCUUUUUGGAGCAACCCAACUUAUUGAGACUAUCUCCUCCAGUAAAAGUUGUUGGUGACAUCCAUGGACAAUUUCAUGAUCUCAUUCGAAUUUUCAACUGUUGUGGGUAUCCGCCUUAUUCAAACUACCUCUUUAUGGGUGAUUACGUUGAUCGUGGAGAAAAGUCUUUGGAAACAAUUUUGUUACUAUUAUGCUAUAAAAUCAAGUAUCCCGAAAACUUUUUCAUGUUGAGAGGAAACCAUGAGUCAGCAAACAUUACAAAAAUUUACGGGUUUUACGAUGAAUGCAAAAGAAGAUUGAAGUCCCCCCGGAUGUGGAAAACCUUUAUUGAUGUUUUCAACACUUUGCCGGUAGCAGCAAUCAUCAAUGAUAAGAUCUUCUGUGUCCAUGGAGGAUUGUCACCCGAGCUCAAUGAUUUAUCCCAGAUUGAGGAUAUCAAGAGACCGACUGAUGUCCCUGACAAGGGAUUGUUGGCGGACUUGCUAUGGUCUGAUCCUGACCCUCUGAUUAAAAACUUUUCGCUAACAAAUUGGCCUAAAAAUGACCGAGGAGUAUCCUAUUGUUUUGGAAAGAAGCAUGUUGACUACUUUUGUUCGAAGUUCAAAUUGGAUCUUAUCGUUAGGGGCCAUAUGGUUGUUGAAGAUGGGUAUGAGUUUUUCAACAAGAGAAAACUUGUAACCGUAUUUAGUGCUCCAAACUAUUGUGGAGAAUUCAACAAUUUUGGAGCAAUAAUGAGCGUCAAUAAGCACUUGUAUUGCUCAUUUGAAUUGAUCAAGCCGUCUUAA